UACAAUAUAUAAGCGUCUAUCCAAUUCCUACACGAUGUCGGAAAAUUUCUGGUACCCCAUAUCAACUAAAGAGCAACAACCGAACUCAUUUGCUAAUCCAAAUUAUCAAGAUCCUAGAUCAGUUAGUCCCUUGAUAUAUAACCCUUUAAACCCUCCAGGAGAUAUACAAUUUCAACAAUUUGAUUAUGGCCAGAAUCUAAGUGUUGAAUCUCCAACAUCGAAUUAUAACGUAUAUAAUAAUCCUUAUAAUCAAAAUUAUCAAGGUCAGAUAUUCACACCUGUUAGCACUACAAAACCAAAUCCAAGUUAUAAUUAUUCAUCUGAAUUAGAAGAAAAUGAGCCACCUCUAUUAGAAGAACUAGGAAUUGAUUUUAAUUGUAUCAGAUACAAAACAUUAUCUGUCUUAAAUCCAUUUAAAAAAUGUAAUUCGCAAUUGAAUACUGAAAAUGACUUAGCUGGACCCUUGUUGUUCUGUUUGUUGUUUGGUAUGAGUUUAUUAUUGGCUGGUAAAGUUCACUUUGGAUACAUAUAUGGGAUUAGUGGCUUAGGAAGCUUAAGCAUAUAUUGCCUACUUAAUUUAAUGAGCUCACUUGGUGUAUCCUUCCUGUGCAUCAUCAGUGUCCUUGGUUAUAGCCUUUUACCUAUUAUUAUCCUGUCUAUCAUCAGCAUUUUUUUGACAUUGAAUAGCAUAACUGGUACGAUACUUAUCCUUUCUUCGAUAUUAUGGUGCGCGGUUUCCGCUUCGAAGAUGUUCGUGGAAACACUGCGAUUAGAGAGCCAACAAUUGCUCAUCGUUUACCCCUGCGCCCUGUUAUACGGCGUUUUUGCACUUUUAGCCGUUUUCUGAAAGAAUGAAACAAAAAAAAAAUAAUUUGAUUAAUGUUGACAAUAUUCACCCUUAAUAUAUAAUAAAAUAUAUUUUACCAAAAAAAAUAUAUAAAUACAAAUGAAUUUAGGGGUAAAUGUUAUACCCUUUUAUAUAUAUAACAUUUAUAAUGAU